GAAGACCAACAUAGAUCGCAGCUUCAAUUCUUGUUGUGAAUUUUCUUUUGCCCUCUUCUCCUGUCCCUCGUCUCCUACAUCCUCAUUUCCUCCCUACUCUCCCGAUCGUUUCUUGGUUCUUUGCCUCCUCUUUGCCUUUUUUUUUUUCUUUGUUUCUCUUAUGUGCUUCGCCAAAUUGAAGCUUUGCUCUGUGUACUUGACGGGUCGAGUGUUCCAUUUCGUUCCAGAAUUGGUACCAGUAUAGACAAUAGAUGAAAGGAGCAGCUUCAUCUCUUGGAAAUAAUAUACCAUCAGAAAACUUUUGGUGACCAUGACAAGGAAUGGAGAAAGCAGAACUGUGGUUAAGUACAUAGAGCAUUGUGGGUGCACUAUGCCUGUUAGUGAUGGAUUGAGUGAAAGUACAGUUGAUGUGGUGGAUGAAGCAUAUAACAGAGAUGGUAGCAUUGCCAAUUCCUCUAAAAGGGCUCUUGUCGGGUAUGAAGGGGAUACAGAUUUUGAGCCACGUAAUGGCAUUGAAUUUGAAUCACAUGAGGCAGCAUAUGCAUUUUAUCAGGAAUACGCCAAGUCUAUGGGUUUUACCACUUCAAUUAAAAAUAGCAGGCGUUCAAAGAAAUCAAAAGAAUUUAUUGAUGCCAAAUUUGCAUGUUCUAGAUAUGGAGUCACACCAGAAUCAGAUAGCACCAGCAGUCGGAGAUCAAGUGUCAAAAAGACAGACUGCAAAGCAAGCAUGCAUGUGAAAAGGAGAUCAGAUGGGAAGUGGAUUAUUCAUGAGUUCAUCAAGGAACAUAAUCAUGAACUUUUACCAGCCCUAGCGUAUCAUUUUCGAAUUCAUCGGAAUGUGAAAUUAGCUGAAAAGAAUAAUAUUGACAUCUUACAUGCUGUUAGUGAACGGACAAGAAAAAUGUAUGUUGAAAUGUCAAGACAGUCUGCUGGAUAUCAAAAUGGAGGGUUCCUUCAGAAUGAGAUAAUUAAUCAGCUUGAUAAAGGUUGUCACUUGGCUGUUGAUGAGGGAGAUGCUCAAAUUAUGCUAGAGUACUUUAAGCGUAUCAAAAAGGAAAACCCUGACUUCUUCUUUGCAAUAGACUUGAAUGAAGAGCAACGGUUGAGAAAUUUGUUCUGGGUUGAUGCUAAGAGUAGGGAUGAUUACAUGAGUUUUAAUGAUGUUGUUUCUUUUGAUACGACUUAUGUCAAAUCCAAUGAGAAAUUGCCCUUUGCCCCAUUUAUUGGGGUGAACCAUCACUUUCAACCUAUGUUGCUUGGAUGUGCUUUGGUUGCAGAUGAAAGCAAGGAAACUUUUGUUUGGUUAAUGAAGACAUGGCUUAGAGCAAUGGGUGGGAAGGUUCCCAAAGUAAUAAUCACAGACCAAGACAAACCAUUGAAGGAAUCAAUCGAAGAAGUCUUUCCAAAUGUUCGCCAUUGCUAUUCUCUUUGGCAUAUAAUAGAAAAGAUACCUGAAACUCUAUCCCACGUUAUCAAACUACAUGAGAACUUCCUGCCAAAAUUCAACAAGUGUGUUUUCAAGUCAUGGACUGAUGAAAAAUUUGAUAUGCGAUGGUGGAAAAUGAUAACUAGGUUUGAGCUUCAUGAUGAUGAAUGGAUUCAGUCAUUGUAUAAACACCGACAAAUGUGGGUACCUACUUAUAUGGAGGAUGUUUUUCUAGCUGGAAUGUGUACAACCCAACGCUCUGAAAGUAUGAGCUCUUUCUUUGACAAAUACAUCCAUAAGAGAAUUACUUUGAAAGAGUUUGUCAAACAAUAUGGGAUGAUUCUCCAGAAUAGAUUUGAAGAGGAAGCCAUAGCUGAUUUUGAUACCUGGCACAAACAGCCUGCACUUAAAUCUCCUUCACCUUGGGAAAAGCAGAUGUCAACAGUUUAUACUCAUGCUAUAUUCAAGAAAUUUCAAGUUGAGGUUUUGGGUGUAGUUGGUUGCCAUCCUAGAAAAGAAGGAGAAGACAGAGGAACAGUAACAUUUAGAGUUCAAGAUUGCGAAAAGGAUGAAUAUUUUAUGGUAUUAUGGCAUGAAGCAAAGAAAGAAGUUUCUUGUAUGUGCCGUUUGUUUGAGUACAAAGGUUUUCUUUGUAGACAUGCUAUGAUUGUCCUUCAAAUAUGUGGUCUCACAAGCAUCCCAUCUCAUUAUAUAUUGAGGAGGUGGACAAAAGAUGCGAAGAGUGGCCAACCAGUGCCUGGAGGAACAGAGAAAGUGCAAACAAGGGUACAGCUCUAUAAUGAUUUAUGUAAAAGAGCCAUUGAAUUGAGUGAGGAAGGAUCCUUGUCUGAAGAAAAUUACACCAUUGUUUUCCGUGCGCUAGUAGAAGCACUAAAGAAUUGUGUCAAUGUGAACAACUCUAACAGCAGUGCUUUGGGAUCUAGUAGUCAUGUGCAUGGUCUAAAUGAAGAAGAAGAAGGAAAUCAGGGGAGUAUGGCUUCAAAAUCAAGCAAGAAAAAGAAUGCUACCAGAAAAAGGAAGGGUCAAAUGGAGUCAGACAUUCUAUUCCUUGAUGCACAAGAGAGCUUGCAGCAAAUGGGAAACCUGGGCUCCGAUGGAAUACCGCUUAAUGGCUAUUAUGGUGCACAGCCAAAUGUACACGGACUGGUACAGUUAAAUUUAAUGGAACCACCUCAUGAUGGUUUUUAUGUUAAUCAGCAGAGUCUGCAGGGUCUGGGACAAUUAAAUUCUGUGGCACCCAGCAACGAUAGUUUCUUUGGGACCCAACAAAACUUGCAGGGGCUGGGACAAUUGGAUUACCGACAUUCAACUGGUUUUAAUUAUCCUUUGCAGGAAGAAGCCCAUUUAAGAUCAACACAGUUACAUGGCAGUUCUUCGAGACAUCCAUAAGGAAUAAACCUUUUCAACAUUUUGUAUAAAACUGUAAGUGCCUCUUGGAGGUGAUUUCGUUAAACUUUGGGCUACAUAUGGAGGAGAGAAGUGUAGAGAAGUGAAUCCAGGGAAUAUUGUAUGUUGUCUCUUCGCAGAGCAGACAGGUUGACUCCAGUCAUUGAUCCCCAAACAUAAGUUAGAAGGCAUUCAAGAAAAUGAAGUUACUCUCUUUGUACUGCCUUUCUGCUGAAAUUUUAGGCAACUAAGUUAAUCACGGUUUUUAUUCCUUUCUCUUCAGUAGUGAUGACAAAUGACGCACGUUUAGAGUUGUAUUCUGGGUCUUUUUCUUUCCUCUAAUCCAACAGAGAAACAUUAGCAGUAGCCUUCUUUCUUGAGCAUUGAGUUAGAUUAAGGUUACAUUAAACAAUGCUUUAUACAAAUAUUUUACUCAGGACAUUUCGUUUAAAAAUGUAAAUUUAUUGUUUUUAUUUAUUUUAAUUAAUUUUUUAUAUUUUU